GAGAUGAGUGGAGGAGCAGCAGAGGAAGUAGGAGGCUCAGCUUGUAGUAGCUGCUCAUAACUCACUGCAACUGUAGUGGCAACUGGACUCUGACUGAGCCGCAUCUCAACUCUCUUUUCACUCCGAACUUGCGCUCCUGCUUGCGCCACUUAUUUCUUUUGUAUGAGCGUUGUGUGUUGUUUUGUUGCGUUUCCUGCCUUGCACUGCGGUCCCAAGUUUUGUCGGCGUGAGUUGUGACUCUACCUAUCUGCUGCAAACAGGUCUUCCAGAAAGGGAAACAUUCACUUCCAGCGCUUCUUCCCCCAACCGCUGCGUGUUUUGAAUUGAUCGGUCAACAUGAUGAUCAUUAUUGCGGAGUUCUUCGUGGUCAUUUUGAAGGUGCUCUGGGCUUUUGUGACUGCCGGGGCGAAAUGGGUUGUGCGGCCCAAGGAGAAGAGCGUGGCGGGACAGGUGUGCGUGAUCACCGGGGCUGGAAGCGGCCUCGGGCGGCUCUUCGCCAAGGAGUUCGCCCGGAGACGAGCGAUACUGGUGUUAUGGGACAUAAACAGCCAAAGCAAUGAGGAAACGGCGGAGAUGGUGCGGCAGAUAUACCAUGAACUAGACACUCCCAUAACGAAAGACGGACCCGUUGGAGGGGUGGAGGAGGUCCCUCCUUUCCAGCCGCAGGUCUACACCUAUGUGUGUGACGUGGGAAAGCGGGAGAGUGUGUAUUCCACAGCCGAGAAGGUGCGUCGAGAGGUGGGAAAUGUGGACAUACUGAUCAACAACGCCGGCGUCGUCUCCGGCCAUCACCUUCUGGAGUGCCCCGAUGAGCUGAUCGAGCGCACCAUGGUGGUCAACUGUCACGCACACUUCUGGACCACCAAGGCGUUUCUCCCCAAGAUGCUGGAGCUGAAUCAUGGUCACAUUGUGACGGUUGCCAGCUCCCUGGGUUUAUUCAGCACAGCUGGAGUGGAGGAUUACUGCGCCAGUAAGUUCGGUGCCAUUGGGUUCCACGAGUCACUGAGCCAUGAGCUGAAGGCCUCAGAGAAGGAGGGCAUCAACAUGACUCUGGUGUGCCCUUACCUGGUAGACACGGGCAUGUUCAAAGGCUGCAGGAUAAGGAAGGAGAUUGAGCCUUUUCUACCUCCCCUGAAGCCAGAGUUCUGCGUGAAACAGGCCAUGAGGGCCAUCCUCACUGACCAGCCCAUGAUCUGUACACCUCGCAUCGUCUAUAUGGUCAACUUCAUGAAAAGCAUCCUGCCCUUCGAGGCCAUUGUGUGCAUGUACCGGUUCCUGGGCGCUGACAAGUGCAUGUACCCCUUCCUAGCUCAGAGAAAGGAGGCCAUGAACAACAACGAGGCAAAGAAUGGGAUCUAGUGGGCGCUGUUUGUAACACGAACAGAGGCACAUAAAACCUGCAAGCAUGAGGAAACAACCACUGAGGAUGAAAUGGGGAAGACUGAAUCUAGACUGGUGCACUUGCAUUGAGCAAAUGCAAAGGUUUACCAUAUUGUUCCUCUGGAACAAAGAAAGCUGUGUACUACACAAAGGAUUUAUUUGACUUUGUCUUGUCUUUCUUUUUUUAAGUUUGUUAAAAGAAACCAUCUAUAUUCUGUGUCACUAGUUUUGAAAUCAUACAGAAAAGGUAUCCAAUAAUUAACUAUUUACGUAAUGUAGUCACCAGCCUUAUCUAGUGUCAUUGUGGAAAUAUACAGUAUGUUACUGUACAAACAGUAAAAAAAAAAAAAAAAAAUGUUUUCACUUUUAUUUUAUUUUUGUAGACAUGCACUGUAAUUUCUGAUUUUUCUCUACACUGCCAGCAUUCUCUGUGUAGGAAGGUUCAACGCAGCGUUUCAAACUACCCAACGUCUCCCCAUGCAGAGGCUCUUUUUCAGUCAGUCAGGAAAUUGGUUUGCAGCUUAACACGACUCCAAUUUAAAACAAAGCAAGAAUAUUUCACAAUUAAUGUUUACCAUAUUCCGUUGUUGUUAAAUACUUAAGUUACACACAUGUAGCAUAUGUUGAUAAUGAAGUCAUUCCAAAUGGGAAAUUUAAAGGCCAGACCGUGGCUGACUUAAAUCUUCAUCGGAGUUUCCAGUAUAAUGGGACUCAACAUUGUCCCCCCCCCCCCCCUUUUUUUUUUUUUUUUAAUGGUCCUGUUGUUUCAGGUCCAUAUCGACAAAACCUCUCAAAUGAAAAGCGGACGAGGGAGUCAAUGUGUUUGAACUAGCAUGUGUGACACAUUCAGAAUGUACUGCUUUGGGAGAAACUGAGAGGAAAUGCAUUUUUAUUUCUCUCAUUUGUCUUUAUUUUCAAGAUAUGUGGUGUUUAUAUUGUAAAUUUAUCUGUUAUCAAUAUUAUUUGUUUAGAAAAAAGUAAAAAAAAAUAACCCGACAUAGGCUGCAAUUCCAGGUGAACCGCUGUCCCCGACACUGAUGUGUGGUUGAGGGAAAUGCAUUAAAAAAACGUAGCUAUUCUUUUCCAAAGUAACACUAACUCUCCUGUCCAUAGUCCACUUUGUCCAAGUGAAAUGUAAAUGUUUUAAUGUUGUGAAUACCCCAGUAUCCCAAAAUGACCUGUCUCCACCAUAUUUGAUGUAUAAAUAUUUUAUAUACCUUUGGGACGACAAGAGUUUUUGAAUUUCAACUACAUUCCAAUAGGCAUCAUUCCUUCAGUCACAGUGAUGAGCCUAAAUUCUCUACCUCUUAAUUUUUGCCAUUUGUUUUGACAGUAUGACAUAAAAGCCUCUUUUUUUUCUUCUUUUAUAAUUUUCUGAAGACUGCUCCAGAGCAGAGCAAAUGUGGUUCCAAUGUUUAGUGUCUCUACCUAACUUAAAUUAAUAAAAGUGAUUUAGAUUAUUAAA